CUCCUCAUCCCCCUCCAAGCUCCUCUCCUCUGCAGUUCUGGCCGCAGGGGUGGGCCACAUGCACGUCUGAAGCUUGGCAGGCUUGCUUGGGUGGUCGGGGGGGAGCCGUAGCAAGCUGCGCGUGAAUGAACACUCUCGGCGGUGAGCUGGUAUGAAAGCGCUCAGGCCGCCUUGCAGGUGGGAUUGGCUCUAGGGGUGUGUGAUGUCGGCCGCCCGCCCCGCCCCCCUUGGCAUCGCUCGGACGUGUGAAUUUUUCCUUCGGCGGGGACCAUCGAGGAGCAUCCUCGACCCUUUGGCGAAAAAAACACGCACGAAAUCAGAAACAAAACACAGGGAAUGGACGUCCGAGCGAUGGCCAGGGGGUGUGUGAUGCCGGCCGCCCGCCCCCCCCCCGAAGGUACCAAGUACAAGUGCAAUCCCUUCGGCGGCACGUCGCACGCCAAGGGCAUCGUCGUGGAGAAGAUCGGCAUCGAGGCCAAGCAGCCGAACUCCGCCAUCCGCAAGUGCUGCCGGGUGCAGCUCAUCAAGAACGGCAAGAAGGUGGCCGCGUUCGUGCCCCGCGACGGGUGCCUGAACUUCGUCCCGGCGAGGUGCUGAUCUCCGGCUUCGGCCGCCGCGGGCACGCCGUGGGCGACAUCCCCGGCGUGCGCUUCAAGGUCGUGAAGGUGGCGGGCUGCGGCCUGGGCGCGCUGUACCGGGAGAAGAAGGAG